AUGGCUCCAACCAGAUAUGCCGUCGUGGGCACUGGAGGCCGCGCCUCGUUCUUCUACAGCGCAAUUGUUCGUGACUUCAAGGAUACAGCAACGCUUGUCGCAUUCUGCGAUACCAACCAAACUCGCAUGAAUGUCGCCAAUGUUCGAGUACAAGAGCUAGGUCUAUCACCUUUACCGACCUUCAAAGCGGUUGAUUUCGACCGAAUGGUUGAAGAAACAAAGCCCGAUACAAUCAUUGUUACGACGAUUGAUCGAGCUCAUCACCAAUACAUUAUCCGGGCAAUGGAAUUAGGAUGCAAUGUUCUCAGUGAAAAGCCUAUGACGGUGGAUGAGAUCAAAUGCCAGAUGAUCCUUGAUGCUGUCAAAGCCACGAAUCGGCAACUACGCGUUACCUUCAACUAUCGAUAUGCGCCGCACAACACCAAGGUUCGAGAGCUGUUGAUGGAUGAUACCAUUGGAAGAGUUACGUCUGUUCACUUCGAAUGGCUGCUCAACACUCAACACGGAGCCGAUUACUUCCGUCGCUGGCACCGAGACAAGCGCAACAGCGGAGGGCUUCUGGUACACAAGUCUACGCACCACUUCGAUCUGGUCAACUUUUGGCUAGGGAGUCGUCCCGCGACUGUCUUUGCGCAGGGUGAUUUGAAAUUUUAUGGCAAAGAAAAUGCCGAGCUUCGUGGAGAGACUAAAUUCUACUGUCGUGCGCACGGCAGUCCUGCCGCAGCAGACGACCCAUUUGCUCUCCACAUGGAAGAUCACCCUCAGCUCAAGGCUAUGUAUCUUGACGCAGAGCAUGAAGAUGGGUAUUAUCGAGAUCAAAGUGUAUUCGGUGACGGAAUCAACAUUGAGGACACCAUGGGUGUCUUGGUCAGCUAUCAAUCCGGAGCGAUCCUGACAUACAGCCUCGUCGCCUACUGCCCUUGGGAGGGAUUCCGAGUCAGCUUCAACGGUACCAAGGGUCGCUUGGAAAUGGACGUUUUGGAACAAUCUUACGUCAAUGCUGGUGGUGAACAAGCUCAAGAGGGUGCCGUGGCUCAUACGAAGAUCAACGUGCAUCCUAUGUUCGCACCACCUUACGAGGUUCCCAUCGAGGAAGGAGAAGGUGGCCAUGGUGGCGGAGACCCUGUCUUGCUCAAUGACCUAUUUGGUACCCCAGCUUCUGAUAGGCUGCAUCGUGCUGCCUCGCAUGUGGAUGGGGCCAUGUCGAUCUUGACUGGUAUUGCCGCGAACAAGGCUAUUCGUACUGGGCAGGUCGUCCAAGUCAAGGAUUUGGUGCAAUUCUAA